AUCAGACACUAUUCGCCCGCCCAUUUUGAGCAAAGCUUGGUAGAGAGAGUGCAUCAUGUCUUCAAAAAGAGAGGAGCAGCUGCGGGACCAAUUCAUUAUCAGUUUUGAAUUAAACAUUACGAAACACGCGGUACAUGUGGACGUCCUCCAAUUAAAUCUUUGCAGGUCUCGCAUCCUGCUGAUUUAAUGAGGAUUUGGACAAGUUUACAAGAAGAUUUGCACUGGAGAGAAAAGAAUUGCUAGAAGAUUACAAACAUAUUUAACAAAAAAAAAAGCUGCGAGGAGCAAAGAAAAAAAAAGAAAUUGCACUCCCAUUCCAAGGCGGCAAAACCAUUUAAAAUUAAGUGAAACCUGCAAGACGAUUUUUCGACAGGAUCAAAGACAAGAGAGUGUCGUCUUGUUACAGAAGAAGGAAGCGCGAGAAAUUAAGUAAAGCUUCAGCUUCAACUUGCACUGUUGCGAACAUUUAUUUCUCCAUCCCUUCACCGAUAUUCUGGAGGAAAAAAAAAGGAAAAUCGAAGAAUCUGACUACAGGGCACGCGAUUGCUAAUACUGGUUGCCAUCUCCUUUUUUUUGUGUGUUUUCGUUUUCUUACGUUGCCGCACACAAAACCCUUUUUUUUGUUGGUGUUGUUGUAUGUGAUUCUCCAGGACCACUUCGCUUUUGUGUGGUGUGUUAGAACAUUGAUUGUGUUGCGGCAGAGUAUGGACGAGCAGACCCGGAUGAUGCAGACCCUUGCCGGUGUAAACCUGGCUGGUCACUCGGUACAAGGAGGAAUGGCUUUGCCUCCACCCCACGGACACGACGGGACAGACGGAGACGGGAGGAAACAGGACAUCGGUGACAUCCUGCAUCAGAUCAUGACCAUCACAGACCAAAGCCUGGAUGAGGCGCAAGCAAAGAAACACGGACUGAACUGUCACAGAAUGAAGCCGGCGCUCUUCAGUGUGCUUUGUGAAAUUAAAGAAAAAACCGGUCUCAGUAUUCGAGGGGCACAAGAAGAGGACCCUCCAGAUCCACAGCUCAUGCGGCUGGACAACAUGCUGCUGGCAGAAGGUGUGUCGGGACCAGAAAAGGGUGGCGGAUCAGCGGCAGCGGCGGCCGCGGCGGCAGCUUCAGGAGGGGCGACAGACAACUCCAUCGAGCACUCCGAUUACCGGGCGAAACUCACACAGAUCCGACAAAUCUACCACACGGAGCUGGAGAAAUAUGAGCAGGCAUGCAAUGAGUUCACGACCCACGUGAUGAACUUACUGAGGGAGCAGAGUCGGACACGUCCCAUUUCACCGAAGGAGAUCGAGAGGAUGGUCAGCAUCAUUCAUCGCAAAUUCAGUUCUAUCCAGAUGCAGCUCAAGCAAAGCACCUGUGAAGCAGUCAUGAUUUUACGCUCCAGAUUUCUUGAUGCACGGAGAAAGAGACGCAAUUUCAGCAAACAGGCGACGGAAAUUUUGAACGAGUAUUUCUACUCACACCUCAGCAAUCCCUACCCCAGUGAAGAAGCCAAAGAAGAGCUGGCCAAAAAGUGCAGCAUCACGGUGUCGCAGGGAAUGGGCAUCUCCAUCACAGUGUCACAGGUAUCAAACUGGUUUGGGAACAAGAGAAUAAGGUACAAGAAAAACAUCGGAAAGUUCCAAGAAGAAGCAAACCUGUAUGCUGCCAAAACGGCGGUAACGGCCGCGCAUGCGGCGGCCGCUGCGGUCCAGAACAGCCAAACCAACUCGCCAACGACACCAAACUCCGGUUCUUCUGGUUCUUUUAACAUCCCAAAUACUGGGGACAUGUUCUUGAGCAUGCAGAGUCUGAAUGGGGAUUCUUACCAGGGGUCCCAAGUCGGAGCCAAUGUGCAGUCGCAGGUGGAUACCCUGCGUCAUGUUAUCAAUCAGACGGCAGGCUACAAUGAUGGUCUAGGAGGGAAUUCGCUAUAUAGUCCACACGGCUUAAAUGCCAAUGGUGGAUGGCAAGAUGCGACCACUCCUUCGUCCGUGACGUCCCCGACAGAAGGCCCUGGAAGCGUCCACUCUGAUACCUCUAACUGAUCUCUUUUUACAUACAUCCAUUCCUUAAGCUGACCAGGCUUUGAGUAGCACUGACUGAGUGACCAAUUGGAAACGAUGAAUGGAUUGUCUUGGAGCCAAUCGCCUGGCUGCGUUUUACUGUAAACCUUCCCUCUCCCCUGCCGACCUGUCCCCCCCAUCCUUUUGAACCCAUUAUGGUGCUCCAGUGCCCCUCCCCAUCACUUUUCGGACACUCCCGAUGUCGUCCAUCUGAUUCUGGGACGCCGCUGGACACGAGCCACACUGCCAGACCGAAGUGGACUCGACGCUGUCCUCCUGCCGGCCCCCACUAUGCUAACUGUCCUGUCAUUUGUAACAAUGGACUCCCUCGGUGAUGGCGCACCUCCUUUUUAUUUGUGUGGGACGCGUCGCAGACUUGGACUGAGGCUGGUGUCACUGGUCUGGAGGGUCUCACCUGAUUGAUCUGUUGAGCUUUAUGCCACCCCACCCAUGUAUAUUGUGUUGGGGUGGGGUGGGGGGGCACCACUUUUGUAAAGCAGAGUUCCUCAUUUUUAUUGUUCUGGCUGAACUUGUACCGGUUCUUGAAGACUCUUACUGAAGGUGGC